AUGCCAGACGAACAACAUCAAUUUGUCCAAGAUAGACUAGAUGCCUUACAUGAAAUCGAUGCUAAAUUAGUAUCAGUUUUAAAUCAUUCUUCAUCUGCUUUAUUCAACCUUACACAAUUAAAGAAGAAUGCUUCAAAUAAAAAUGAGCUUGCAAAAGUCAAAGAAGAUUAUCAGAAGGAUAUUAAAGAAUUUUAUUCAGAUUUAGAAUUUGCUUCAAUUAACCUAAAGAAAGAAAUUAAACAUCUUGAUGAUAGAAUUGGUAAAACCGAUGAUAAUGGUAUAACAAUAUUACCAAUUAAUAUUAAUAAAAAGGCUACAUGGGCUGGUGAAGAAAAAUUAAAACAACAAUUAAAUCAUAUUGAUGAGAAUUUAAAAUAA